GUAUACAUUGAGAUAUCAUACAAGCAUCAUCUCGGAUAAUUUUUCAGCGAUCGAAAUCAAAAUUAAAUACGAUUCGCGAACAAAAUGGAUUAUCCUCUAGCAACUGUGAUUUCUAUUGGUUGUUGUUCAAUUGUCUAUGUUUUAAUAAGAUAUUAUUCUAAAAAGACUAAAUUGCCAGAGUUAUCUCAGACUUGGUGGACGCCCGGUACCGAAAAUUCUGUUAACAACGAUAUCAGACCAUACGAAGUCGUUUUCUCCGAAGAGCUUGUGAGUGAUUUAAAGUAUCGAUUAAAGCAUACCAGAUCUCUGACACCGCCGUUGAAAAAUGUUGCCUGGAAUUAUGGCACUAACACGGACGCCCUACGUAAACUUUUAAAUUACUGGGUAGACAACUAUAAUUUCCAGGAACGUCUGAAAUUCAUAAAUCAAUAUCCACAUUUUAAGACUAAUAUCCAAGGAUUGGAUAUACACUUUAUUCGCAUAAAACCAAGUAAUGCGGAGAAAAAACGGAUCUUACCACUGUUAAUUUUACACGGAUGGCCCGGCUCCAUAAUGGAAUUUUACAAAAUCAUACCUUUAUUGACGACACCAAGACCAGAGCACGAUUUCGUAUUUGAAGUGAUAGCUCCUUCCUUGCCCGGAUUCGGUUUCUCCACUGCAGCUACGAUACCUGGCCUCUCGUAUAUUCAGAUGAGCGUGGUCCUAAAAAAUCUCAUGUUGAGGCUCGGUUAUAAUCAGUUUUACGUACAAGGCGGGGAUUGGGGCUCAGGCAUCGUCAACGCCAUGUCGACUCUGUUUCCACAACACGUGCUGGGUAUGCAUUCCAACAUGUGUAUAAUACUGAAGAGAUCGAUUCUAAUCAAACAAGGACUGUGCGAGUAUUUAUCUUCUUUUUUACCUUGGACAAAAAAGACUGACAUGACACGAAUGUUUUCAAUCAAAAUGCUCCUAUUAGAGACUGGAUAUUUUCAUAUUCAAGCUACAAAGCCGGAUACGAUUGGAGUGGGGCUAACUGACUCACCUGCUGGUCUAGCGGCAUAUCUCAUAGAAAAAUUUUCGACUGGUACGAAUCCUUCCUAUAAAUCUAUGGAAGAUGGUGGAUUUUUGGAAAAAUAUACAUACGACGAGUUGAUCGAUAAUUUAAUGAUAUAUUGGGCAUCCAAUAGUAUUACUACAGCCGUUAGAAUAUACGCCGAGAUGUUUACCAAGGAGAAUGUAGCGCUGGGAGAUCUCAUAAAUGCAACAUUGGUAAAAGUUCCCACCGCUUGUGCGCAGUUUCCUUAUGAAGUUAUGGAGCACUCUCCGCGUGUGCUUAGGACACGAUUCGUGAAUCUUUUACGCGCUACUAAAAUGCCUCGAGGUGGUCAUUUUGCAGCAUUCGAAGAGCCUGAAUUACUUGCGAAUGAUAUAUGGGCCUCUAUUGACGAAAUGGAAACAUGGAACAAAACACAUAAUAAAUAUUUGUGAUUUAAUUUCUAACUCACACAUGUGCGCGAACGAGAAUAACAAAAGCGCAAACAUGAGUGUUCGGAUCUUUAGAAAAGAUUUUGAGAAAGAAUUAAUAAAAAAGAGAUAAUAAAAGAAAAGAAGAAAAAAAUAUGAGAUAUGUAAGUUUUUCUCUGAUAUUUUUUUUCUCUUUUUGUAGCGUUUGAGGAGCCUGAAUUUGUUCGAAAUGAUAUAUAGGCUUCUAUUGACGAGGUGGGAAUAAAAAAUAUAAUAAAGAUAUCUUUA